CACAAAACACAAACACAGAGAGCUUUGAUACAUUGGGAGAAAGAACUGCAGAGGAGCAAGAUGGCAAGGCUUCCUGUUUUGUUGAUAGCUCUCUUCUUCUUCUCCGCCGCCUCCGUGGAUCGGUGUCGGGUCGAGGCCUCGUUCUGGGACAGCACGUACUUCACGUGGGGCACUCAGCAUGCCUCGGUCUACAACAACGGGAACGACGCUCAGCUUGUGUUGGACAAGAUUUCUGGCUCGGCCUUUCAGACCAAGAGCGCAUACCUGUUCGGAACCAUCGAAAUGCUGAUCAAGUUGGUCCCUGGAAAUUCUGCCGCGGUCACUGCAUACUACCUAUCGUCCACGGGGCCGGAGCAUGACGAGAUCGACUUUGAAUUCCUAGGCAAUGUUUCUGGACAACCUUACAUCAUCCACACGAACAUUUUCACUCAAGGAAUCGGUAACAGAGAGCAGCAGUUCUACCCGUGGUUCGACCCCACGGACAAUUUCCACAACUACACCAUUCACUGGAACCCCACCGAAGUUGUGUGGUACGUCGAUAGCAUCCCGAUCCGGGUGUUCAGGAACUACGAGAGCCAGGGGGUCGGGUACCCAAACCAGCAAGGCAUGAGGGUGUACUCGAGCCUGUGGAACGCGGACGAUUGGGCCACGAGGGGCGGGCUCGUGAAGACCGACUGGAGUUGCGCGCCCUUCGUGGCCCAGUUCCGCAACUUCCAGGACAGGGCCUGCAAGUGGUAUGGGCCCGGCAGCAUCUGGCAGUGCGCGGCCGAGACGGCGGAGAACUGGUACACCUCGCCGGCGUACGGGCAGCUCAGCAACGCCCAGCAGGGACAGAUGAAGUGGGUGAGGGACAACUACAUGAUCUAUGACUACUGCAAGGACACCACGAGGUUCAACUGGAACAUGCCCCCUGAGUGCUCCAAGCCUCAGUACUGAUUCGUUUUAAGCAUUUGCCUCGGACUGAAAUUGUUUGUUCUUUGCAAGAGUGAUCUCUUUGUAUGUUCAAUUUGUUUUCCAAUGGCUCGACAAUAAGGAAACCCAUUUGAUGUCUCACUUGUAUCGGAUCGUCAUCGCUUUGAUUAAUGUUUAUUUUAUGAGGGAAUA